CACUUUAUUUGCUCUAUUGUGCUUGCCAGCUGGAUUAAUUCCCCUUUUUUACUUUUUUUUUCUCUCGCCAGCUGGAUCCGUAGUAAAAGCGUGUGGUUGGACCUAGUCAAACAUUUGGAAAAAGCCCAAUUUCACUGCCAUCGCCAGGACGCCAGCCCAAUUAGCCCACCCUGAAUAAUACCACACGGAAAUGUGUUACUAGGCCCAAACCACUCCUUAAUUGAUAGAUCCUUGCGUAGUGGGGACCCGUAAAAAAAAAUUGCUAGAUCCUUGACCUAGAGUUCAGCUAUCCACGUCCUCCCCAAUUGUAUUGGUUUGGGCCAAUAAUCUGAACUCUCGGGCCUUGCUUAGUUCAACUACGAAACCAGGUCCAUCAAUUGUUCAGCCCAAUUUAUUUCCGAACCCGAACAACAACCCGCUGCCCGACCGGCGGUCACUAUAUUCGAAGUCCCACCUAGCAAACUACCGGACUGCACAAACAAAAGCGGCAAAAAUGGCAUCCAAAUCCACCGCAGCAGCCACCGCCAGAGAUGCCCGGAGGAGAAAAAUUGUCGAGCGAGGCGCCGACCGAUUAGCUCUCAUCGCCGGUCGGAUCCCCUCUCUUCCGUCCGAAUCUCCCCCCACUGACUCAUCUCACCAGUCGGAUUCCGAGCAUCUACUUUCCGAUGGAGCCACCGUCGGCGAACCAGUGUCUCAGCCGCCGAGUACUCCUCCAAACCAAAUUGAACAACCGCAGCUCCAGAAAACAACUGAUUCGGUUAGCUGUAAGGACGAAGCCUUCGGUGGGGCAGUACCGGAACAAGAUCUCACCGCCGUUGAUUCCGCCAGAGGCCAAGCGGAGAGCAUUUUAGACCGUCCUGUUUCGGAUGAAAUUAGUAGCGGCCGAUUGGAUCAGAAUCCGACCGCCAUGGGAGCCGCUUCUGGCACAGAACAACUUCUGCGUCGAAGCACUCGUCAGAGAGGAGUUUCGAUGAGUCCAAGUCAGAUAAGUUCUGGCAUCACAGCGUCAGAAAGAACCAGAGUUCUCUGUUCAGUCGCUAUCGCCAUUUUAGUCGUCUCGUCGUCUCUAGGAUUGCCUCUCCUAGGGAACGAUAUUGUGAAGGGAAUUCUGAGCUUCAGGCCCCUUUACCUGCUGCUGGUAACCAAUGUUACAAUCGUGCUUGCCGCAAUCCUUUCCAACAACAACCAGAGAGGUUCGGCAAUGGUGGAUGAUGGGGCAGCCGUACUCGAAUUGCCAUCCAGUGGAAGCUACGAUUGGGCUGCACAGGCAAGUAUGGCGUUAGAGAUAAGUUUCGUGGUGAAGAAAGCAGUCGAAGCCUUGCUGAUGGAUGUCAGCGUUUAUGCAAUCAUUGUUGUUUGUGCUUUCUGCCUUCUCCGGUGAACGCACAACCACAACGAAUCGCCUCUUGAUAUCGAAUGAAGUAAAGCACAUUUUCAUCUAUUUUUCGAUUGUAAUGAAGUAAAUGCAAUUUCCAUCUAUAAACUUUGAGCGUGGACUCACCACAAACUUUGUAAAGGAUGGCAAAAGAAGAAGAACAAGGAAGUAAAAUCAGAUUCGAAUAGAAGAUUAUGGUGGGAUACUUACAAUACAGAUAUGAUUGCGGUAAUCAAACCAGUUUUGUAUUUGCACACAGCUGCAGAUUAAGAAUGUUCCACGAGAUUCACGCAAAAAAGGGAAACCAAGAUCAAACUGGACGAAGCAGUUACCGAGAGCUGGAUCUAUAAUUCCGAGCAAGAAGUUUAAGAACAUCAAACUCAAUCAUUGCUGCAUCACCAUAUUUGCUAAUGGAGCGGACUACCUUAAUGGCCACGAAUUCCCAGGUAUUCCCAGCAUUUUUAGAACUCGGCAGAAGCCUGCCUAAAACAGCAGCAUCUGCCUGAAUUCCGAAAGCACAAUCAUAGUCAUAGAUCAUGCGUAAUACCAAGCUCUUGGCAUGCUAACCGUCGAUUAACUGAAUUCCGAAAGAGAGGAUUAUUUGCCAGAGAAGAGGUGGAACAUCGAAACAAUCACUCUUGUGGGAAUGGAAUCAACGGCGUCGUUUUGUAAAAGAAAGUUGGUGGAGGCGCCAGCGAGCCCAUGGGCCAUUGUACAUCAGAGCCUUUUGGGCUUACACAGGUCGCGCCGCUGACAAAUUGACUUUAGAAGACAGACAGGAAAAUUGGGCCUCGCGCCUCCACCGAACUUUUUUUUCUAAUCUACCUCCACGGCUCCACCAAACUAAUAUCAAUAUAACUAAUGAUUAAUACGACUACAAUACCGAACUAUGAGCAAAAUGUCACUUAUAUUCUAUUCUUUUCAAUAUUUUAUUUAUGUUCUAAACUAUCAUUCCGUUAGAAUUGACUGGUUUUAACUGUUAAUUUUAACAGAAAAUUCAGUCAGCCUCCACCUGUCAUCUUACAUUAAAUUUUUAAUUAAUUUUUCAUAGAAAAUGUAUAAAAUAAAAAUAAAUUAGAGAAAAGGGGGGAAUCAGAGGAGGAAGCCAACUUGAAGUCCCUCGUCAUCACCGGCAUGGUUGCUUCAUCUCCUUCACCGGUGGUAUCCUCCCAUUCUCCCCCCUUACCCGAUCGAUUAGAAACCGUCGACAUUCCGCUCUUCCCAACUGAAGCCGAGUGAUUAGGGUCUUUUUUUUUUUUUUGUUUAAUUUCUUACAGGUGAUAAUCAAGUACAAGAAAUCCUUCGAUUUUAUCCAUUUUAACAAGAUCUAGAGGUUAGCAAAACGAUUGUUUCCAUCACAAGGCAAAAUCUUUGAGCUCAAUCUCCAGUUUUACGCUCCCAUUUCUGAGGAGAAGAGUGAUUUCCUCCGUCGUUAGAACUGUCGGAGGCGCAAGUAAUGUAAAACCCCUCAGUAGUAGUGAACGUGGUGCCACCGUACGUCGACGGAAACGUGAAAAAGGAGAAGAAAGGGGAGGCGAUCAAAGGAGGCGGUGGGAAUUAAGAUGACGAUAGUAAGGUGAGGCAGGGAUUGAAGACGAUGAUGCGCAGGGAAUUGAAGAGGGAUUUUGAUUUUUGGAUUUUUAAUAAAUUUGAAUUAAAAAUCUGAUGUGUCAAUGAUUUGGCAUCUAUGUGGCCUUCGCGUUUUUUGCCACGUCAGCAAAAAUCAACAAAAUUUUGACCAACAUCCGGUCAAAUGUUACCUCUAACCGUCAACAAAAUUAUCAUGAUACAAAUGACACAAAGUAUUGUAAGAUGGGAUAGAAAUGAAAUAUUGAAAAAAAUAGAGCACAAGUGACAUUUUUUUAAUAGUUCGGGUGUUAUAGUGAUAUUAACCCUGUAACUAAUUUCUAACAAACUAUAACCAAUCAUUAAAAUAACUAAUUCAGCAACUAAGAUGAAAAUAUAUUUAAUGGUAGAUG